ACUACUGCCUGCGGAUAACGACCAGGACAACGAGGCAGCAUCUUUCUGCCGAGCAGUCUCAAAUCACACAGACUAUAGAGAUAUCCGCGAUACACCAUGGCCGAAGUAGUCCAAGCGCGCACGAGCUUUGCCUCACCCUCACCUUCGACACCGUCUCGCAAGCGAUCAGCCUCGCCUUCGGACGAACCCAACACCACCACCACCACCACCACCACCACCACCACCACCACCAGCAACACUUUAACCACAACAAACAACAACCAAGAUGGCCCGUCCGAGCCCCCGACGAAAAAGACAAAACUGAUCCGACGCAAGCGACGACCCGCACGACCCCAAGUCGACCCAUCAACAUUCAAAUCCGAACCACCGCCCCAAACAGGCACAGUAUUCAACAUCUGGUACAACAAAUGGAGCGGCGGCGACCGGGAAGACGCAUACCUAUCCAAAACGGCCGCGCCGUCACGAUGCAACAUCCGCAACGACUCGGGCUGGACACAAGCAGACAAAACCCCCGGAAGCUAUUUCUGCCUAUUCUUCGCGCGCGGGCUAUGUCCUAAGGGCCACGAAUGCCAAUAUCUACAUCGCCUACCGGGAAUCUACGACAUAUUCAAUCCGAACGUGGACUGUUUCGGCCGCGACAAGUUCAGCGACUACCGCGACGACAUGGGCGGGGUGGGCAGUUUCAUGCGCCAGAACCGGACAUUGUACGUCGGUCGGAUCCACGUCACGGACGACAUUGAGGAGGUCGUGGCCCGCCAUUUUCAAGAGUGGGGAGAAAUCGAACGCAUAAGAGUCCUGACGGGCCGUGGCGUCGCGUUUGUCACGUACGUCAAUGAGGCGAAUGCCCAGUUUGCAAAGGAGGCAAUGGCGCAUCAGGCUCUUGAUAAUAAUGAGAUUCUCAAUGUGAGAUGGGCCACUGUCGAUCCGAAUCCCCUGAGUGCGAAGCGUGAAGCGGCCAGGCUCGAAGAACAGGCUGCUGAGGCUGUUAGACGUGCGCUGGGCGAGAGCGCUGUUAGACAGAUCGAGGGUCGUGAAACUCGUGAAGAGCGCGAUCAGAGAAGACUGGAGUCCGGAUAUGGGUUGGAGGGGUAUGAGGCCCCGGAGGAGAUUUGGUUUACUCAGCAGAAAGAGAAGGAGUUGCAACAAAAACAACAACAACAUCAGUUGGAGGGGCAGAAACAAGGUGAUCGUGGGCUACUUGAGGCUCCCCCCACGCACGAACCCGCGGCGGUGGAAAAUGGCAUCUCUGCCUCUUCAGAUCAGACUACGGCCGCUGGAGAAAAUACUCCCGCCGGGGGAAACAGUAUACUUCCUAGCUCUACGCUGGCAAGGUUAAGAGGAUACGCGUCGAGCGCAAAACCUCCACCGGCUGCGACUCCGGCUCCUGCGGCUGCGCCGUUGGUUGCAUACGGAAGUGAUGAUGACAGUGAUUGAUACUCUGUAUCAUCCCUAUUGUACCGUCGUGAACUUGUGUCGUGAACUAUACCUCCGUCAAUCAUGGUUAAUACUGUGUAACGAAUAAAUGAAGAAUUCUAGCCAUUUGGCGAAAGAAAGCAAAGAAUCAAUCAAUGGACAUGGUUCCGCAGCUCG